AUGACGACAGAACCCGCAAGCAUUGGGCACCCAACGGAACCUCAUGCCUCCCCUCCAGUUACCAUCAUUUUAACCACUAUUAUUCUCGUUAUAUUCUUUAUUGGCUUCUUCACGAUAUACUUUUGCAGGUGUUUCAUGCAAAACGUGUUUUACACUUGGAAUUCCCGUCAUAACCCUUCUGGGACACAUAUAGCUGGUACAGGGGGUGCACCACCCCCUGGACUAGACCCUACAAUUAUAAGUACUUUUCCUACCUUUCUUUACUCCAAUGUUAAAGAGUUUAGACGCGAGACAUAUGGAUUAGAGUGUGCUAUAUGUUUGUGUGAGUUUGAGGAUGAUAAUGUUCUUCGGCUUUUAACAAAAUGUUAUCACGUGUUCCAUCAAGAUUGCAUUGAUCUUUGGCUCGAGUCACAUAAAUCAUGUCCCUUUUGUCGAUGUGGCCUUGAAACGCCUGUUAACUCACCAGAGAAAUCUCCAUUGUCACAAAAUAGUACAUCUAUGCAUGAGAUUCAAGAAAACGAGAUGCUUGAAGACACGUUUACUAUAAAUAUUAGAGACGAAAAUGAUAGGAACAAUAAUAAUUGUGAUACUAAAGAAGAAAUUAGCAGCAAGAGGAAGCACUUAACAAUUGAAAUGGAUCGACAAGAUAGGGAAGAAGUAAAAAGAAAAGAGAGUUUUGCUAGAAGCAACUCAACAGGACAUUCAAUUACUAAAAACAGAAAGACAAGUGAAGAUGAAGAUCGGUUUACAUUAAGAUUGCCUGAACACAUACGGGCAAAACUCAUUCAUGGACAUAAUAUGACACGAAGUUGCACCGAGAUUGGAGAAUACAAAACUAGAACUUCAUCUGGGAGUACCGGAUUUGGGGAGGUAUCGACUUCUAGUAAUGUAAACAAAGUGUGA